CGAAAACAAAAGCCUAGCUUUACACUAAUGGCCGCCUCCUGAAUGGAAGGAGAUCGCAAGAGGAGACGUUGCAUAUUCAUAUCCUUAUUCUGGCGUGCAUAAACACAAAAGAAGCAAUACAUUUAGAUGUCCAAGAUGCUGCGUAAUGUGGCGAAGUGUGUGAUGGUAUUGGCAUCAAGUGCUGUUGUUAUACCGUACACUAUCUCCAUCUUGUGUAAUAUUCUCAAUGGAUGGCCACAAACAAAGCACAAAUUCCAAAGAGCUUUCCAUCCAAAAAAAGUGUAUGCCAUGAACUAUGCUGUGCUUCAAAAACUUGUCAUCACUUUACGUUACUUUCCUCGUUAUAUACAGUGGAAAAUAUUUUACCGCUCAGCAGAUGUAUCCAAGUUACGCAAGAACUUUGUAUAUGGGAGAAACAACCGUAACCUAGACUUGUAUGUGCCUGGUGUACAAGGAUUACAGCCUUCUAGACCUCACCCAGUCCUAGUGUUUGUGUAUGGAGGGGCUUGGAGUUCAGGUGACAAAAACAUGUAUGGAAUGCUGUGUUCCGAGCUUGCAGAUAGACUCCAGGUUUUGGUUUGUUGUCCAAACUACUCCAUCUAUCCACAGGGUUUUGUGGAUGAUAUGGUUCAAGAUGUGGUAGACUGUGUGUCAUGGGCAUACCAGAACAUAGAGAUGUAUGGAGGAGAUAAGGAAAGGAUCAUGCUGGUUGGACAUUCUGCUGGAGCCCACCUGUGUAUGAUGACUGUGCUAGAACUCCUUCAUGAUGAGCUGGUACAGGGCAGUAACAGCCAGUCCCAGCUGUUACUGCAGGAGAGUCUAAGGUUCCAGGACUCGCACUUCGACAGUAAUAAGAGGAGCAGGAUUGACACUCUGGAUGAAAGCUCGGGGUCAUCAGGGUCAUUCUGUGUGCUCAAUGAUAAUGGGGACAAGGGAGGUCCUCUUGAAUCUGGUGGGGCUACCAGUAUGUAUGAAAUGAUAUCAGUCAAAUCAGAUCAGGAUGACAAUGGUUCAAGCUCUGAACAAGGGGCAGGAUAUGCUGGUAUCCAGUAUAAAGAUGAUGAUGAGGAAGAGGAAGCACCAGACAGUCAAGGGGGUGCUAUGAACAGACAGGUUAGCCAGGAUGUAUCCGAGGUAACUCAGGUCAGAGUGGAUGUCACAGAGGUCAGUGCAGAGGGGGUCAGAGCAGAGGAGGUCAGAGGGGAAGAGGUCAGAGGGGAAGAGGUCACAGAAGUCAGAGGAGUCACAGAAGAAGCAGAAGAAGAAGAACACAGUGAGAAUGAAUCCAUAGUGACAAUCCGACCAUCAGACCAUCAGCCAACAUUACUGGAGUUGGGGAAAUCCAUUAAAGCUAUAGUAGGACUUGCUGGAGUUUAUGAUAUAAGUGACCAUUUUGAACAUGAGUACAUGCGAGGUGUGGAGGAUGUAUCCAAAAUGGCCAGAGCUAUGUAUGGAAAUGAACACUUUGACCGUUUCUCUCCAUCUUCCCUGGUCAGGACUCUGUCCAGUAGUGUCAGUUUACCUCCUGUGGUCCUGAUCCAUGGCACUGAUGAUUAUGUCGUUCCCCUGUCGUCCACUACCAAGCUGGCUGAGGCUAUACAAGAGAUCUAUGGCGACGUGACAGUCCGGAUUAUCCCCGGCUGUGAUCACUUCAGUCUUUGUCUGGACAUCAUGGACUCUAAAAGUAGAUACUAUGAGAGUGUGCUCGGGGUGAUCCUAGAAACGGCUGCCAAAGUGCUAAAAUAAGAAUCAAUAGAUUUAGUAAACAAAUAAUCACAUUUGUCUUUCAAAUUUCUACAGAAAUGGUGGAGUAGUUUGAUGAGGUAUGGUUGGGACAUUGUUCAAUUAUUUGACACUUUACCUGUGUUCAGGUAUUUGUGAAUACAAGACACACCACACAGUUGGGUAUUCAAGGCAAGGUAAUGUACGUUGGUAUCAUGUUUAAACAGUGAUCAUAAUGAUGAUCCUUGAUUUGAAGAAAAAAGUGAUCAUAAAUAUAGCUUUAAAAUGACUUGCAAAUUAGGUAUUCAUUGUUGUUAUACCAGUAUCAGUACCUGUAUCAGGAUUACACCUGUGUCAGUACCUGUAUCAGGGUUACACCAGUAUCAGUACCUGUAUCAGGAUUACACCUGUGUCAGUACCUGUAUAAGGGUUACACCUGUAUCAGGGUUACACCUGUAUCAGUAUCUGUAUCAGAGUUACAUCUGUAUCAGUACCUGUAUCAGGGUUACACCUGUAUCAGUACCUGUAUCAGAGUUACACCUGUAUCAGGGUUAAACCAGUAUCAGUAUCUGUAUCAGAGUUACAUCUGUAUCAGUACCUGUAUCAGGGUUACACCUGUAUCAGUACCUGUAUCAGUACCUGUAUCAGGGUUACACCUGUAUCAGUACCUGUAUCAGAGUUACACCUGUAUCAGUACCUGUAUCAGAGUUACACCUGUAUCAGUACCUGUAUCAGAGUUACACCUGUAUCAGUACCUGUAUCAGGGUUACACUUGUAUCAGUACCUGUAUCAGGGUUACACCUGUAUCAGUACCUGUAUCAGUGUUACACCUGUAUCGGGAUUACACCUGUAUCAGGGUUACACCUGUAUCAGUAUCUGUAUCAGGGUUACACCUGUAUCAGUACCUGUAUCAGUACCUGUAUCAGAGUUACACCUUUAUCAGUUCCUGUAUCAGAGUUACACCUGUAUCAGGGUUACACCUGUAUCAGUAUCUGUAUCAGGGUUACACCUGUAUCAGAGUUACACCUGUAUCAGGAUUACACUUGUAUCAGUGUACCUGUAUCAUACACCUGUGUCAGUACCUGUAUCAGGGUUACACCUGUAUCAGUACCUGUAUCAGGGUUACACCUGUAUCAGGGUUAAACCAGUAUCAGUAUCUGUAUCAGGGUUACACCUGUGUCAGUACCUGUAUCAGAGUUACACCUGUAUCGGGAUUACACCUGUGUCAGUACCUGUAUCAGGGUUACACUUGUAACAGUACCUGUAUCAGUACCUGUAUCAGGGAUACACCUGUAUCAGUACCUGUAUCAGGGUUACACCUGUAUCAGUACCUGUAUCAGGGUUACACCUGUAUCAGUACCUGUAUCAGGGUUACACUUGUAACAGUACCUGUAUCAGUACCUGUAUCAGGGUUACACCUGUAUCAGUACCUGUAUCAGUACCUGUAUCAGGGUUACACCUGUAUCAGUACCUGUAUCAGGGUUACACCUGUAUCAGUACCUGUAUCAGGGUUACACUUGUAACAGUACCUGUAUCAGGGUUACACCUGUAUCAGUACCUGUAUCAGGGAUACACCUGUAUCAGUACCUGUAUCAGGGUUACACCUGUAUCAGUACCUGUAUCAGGGAUACACCUGUAUCAGUACCUGUAUCAGGGUUACACUUGUAACAGUACCUAUAUCAGGGUUACACCUGUAUCAGUACCUGUAUCAGGGUUACACUUGUAACAGUACCUGUAUCAGGGUUACACCUGUAUCAGGGUUACACCUGUAACAGUACCUGUAUCAGGGUUACACUUGUAACAGUACCUGUGUCAGUACCUGUAUCAGUACCUGUGUCAGUACCUGUAUCAGGGUUACACCUGUAUCAGGGUUACACUUGUAACAGUACCUGUAUCAGUACCUGUAUUGGAACCUGUAUUAGGGCUACACCUGUAUCAGGGUUACACCUGUAUCAGUACCUGUGUCAGAACCUGUAUUAGGGUUACACCUGUACCAGUACCUGUAUCAGGGUUACACCUGUAUCGGGACAUGUAUCAGGAUAACACCUGUAUCAGUGUUACACCUGUAUCAGGGUUACACUUAUAUCAGGACAUUUAUCAGGGUUACACCUGUAUCGGGAUUACACCUGUAUCAGUACCUGUAUCAGUACCUGUAUCAGGGUUACAUCUGUAUCAGUACCUGUAUCGGAGUUACACCUGUAUCAGUAUCAGGGUUUUACUAAGAACCAAUGAUUUGUACUGUGGUAACUUGACCUGGUUUUGUUUGUGGUAUGAAUUGGACUUAACAUAUUCUGCAAUUCAGACAGUUGUUUGGUGCUGUUUUUAUAUUUUGAUGGCAAAGUGUUGUUUUUUUUUAUAUUCUCAUUGACGUGUAUUUGCUAUUGAUGCAUAUUAAGUUGAAAAUAAAUUUCAGUGUCCGGUCCAUUACAAUUUCAGAUUCGGUUAAAUAUCAUUUUCAGUGUCAAAUCUAAUAAUGUUUGUUGUCUGAAUAGUUAAAAUGGUAAGGGUGAUCACAGACAAGAUAUGAUAUGGAGGAUCUCAUUGGUAACAUGUUAUACAUAUGUAGUGGGGCUAAGAAAAGGCAUUGUGUGUGUUGGGGAUGAAAGCACAUACAUAUGUAACCUCCCUCCAAUCUCUAUAAUGUGUUUCAAAAGACGAUGAGACUUAUCUUGUGUUAAAUGAUAGCACAGUAUCAAAGAGUGGGAGAAUUUUCUGAAAGGCACUAGAAACCUAUUUUGUUUGUGAUGUGAAAUGCUAAACUUGAUCAAUACAUGUGUGAUUGGUUGGUGAAAAUGUAAAUGAAUUAAGGCUACCCUAGUAUGUUCCAACAUAUUUUGUGAUAAGUACUUCCUGAAAUGUUAAUCAGUGUCAAACAGUUAAACCGUUGUUAACAUUCCAUACAGAUGCAACUACAUGUUGCAAGGCUGGAGUUUGUAAGCACUUUGGGUAUACUUGAUUGGAAGGAAAUUGCUCAGAGUUCACUGGACGUUAUUGCUCUAUGUGGAAUAAUGUAGAUUUUUUCUCAAAACAUGCUUCAUAUGUUGCUUCAGAUGUUAGACAUGCUUACAAAAUAGGGGUACAAUCCUGAUACAACUAUUAAAUACAUCAUAUCAGUCAUGUUAUGUUGUGAAAUGUGAGAUAAAUUUGUCGAACAACAUAUCAAUAAUGGGAAGUGAAAUCAUCGUUAAGGUGAAGGUUAGAUACAGUAUGAUAACAUUGGGUAAUCCUAUGAGAGUUGAUCUCCACUUCCUUAGUAUUGAUUAAUCUGAAUAUGAUUUGUAAAUAUGGAGUUUUACGAGAUUACAGAUGUUUAUGUUUUGUAAUGUAAUACACAUGACAUCAAGAUUACAUUGCAGUCAUUAACAUUUAAGGUAAAAAUGUACAAAAAUCUGUUGUUCCCACACACUAGUCAUCUUUGCAGUGUAUAGGUCUCACAAUUGAACAUCUCAGUAAAUCCAGACUGACCGUGUCAAUUUUUGUGUAAGAAUGUUUUGUAUGAGAGAUAAAACAUAUCUAUCUGUGUGGUCAUAUCAGAUACACUUAGAGACAAGUCAAUAUUAAACCAGAAUUUCAUCAACUGUUACUAGUAUUUAUAUAUGUGGUAUACUGACAUUCCGUGUAUUUAGCAAACUGUUUUUCUAAAGUUUGUUUCUUAGCCAAGUUAGCUCUUAAUUUGAACAAAGUUUUUUUCAUUCAUGACAUAGGUGAGAGUUAUCAGUGUAAUCUUGUACAGAUAAAGAUUUUUUUUUUAAUUUCACAACUACUAAAACAAGUAUCAACUACUGGUACCUGUAAUAAUGCAUUUAUACUAAUAAUGUAUAUCAAAUUAUCUCCCCUUUCUUAUCAAUGACACCAGAUCAUUCUUAUAUCAUUAAUUUUUUUAUAAACGAAUAUCUCUGGUCCAACCAUGUAGACAGCGAUUAAUAUAAAUGGCCCAGCUGCAUCAGUACAUAUGUAGGUGCCACAAGAUUAUUUCCUUUUUCUUGUCAAUUACAAGUUUUUGGCUAGUUUUACUUCUUGAAACUUUCAAUAAUGAUUCAAUCUGCUGUUCUGUUUGUGUUAUGGAUAAUGAUAAGUAAUGUUUCAGUCCACUGAUACUAUUAAUCACAUGUGUUACUGGAUAAUGAUAAGUAAUAUUUCAGUCCACUGAUACUAUUAAUCACAUGUGUUACUGGAUAAUGAUAAGUAAUGUUUCAGUCCACUGAUACUAUUAAUCACAUGUGUUACUGGAUAAUGAUAAGUAAUGUUUCAGUCCACUGAUACUAUUAAUCACAUGUGUUACUGGAUAAUGAUAAGUAAUAUUUCAGUCCACUGAUACUAUUAAUCACAUGUGUUACUGGAUAAUGAUAUAAUAGUAAUGUUUCAGUCCACUGAUACUAUUAAUCACAUGUGUUACUGGAUAAUGAUAAGUAAUAUUUCAGUCCACUGAUACUAUUAAUCACAUGUGUUACUGGAUAAUGAUAUAAUAGUAAUGUUUCAGUCCACUGAUACUAUUAAUCACUGCAAUCUUUUCACACUUGUUCUACUUUAAUUACAUUGUUUUGUUUAUUAGGACUUUGUUGAUGAUUUUCAUACAAAAAAGUAUGAAUUUAAAUUCAAUUUAAUGAAUAAAUGAUUAUUUGUAUAA